AUGACUAGGACCUUGCCCGAACAACAUUUGUCUCAUCCAACAGCCAAUGGGGGGGGAUACGGAGAGGAGCAGGAGCCCCACGAGGGUCUUUUGUCCCCUCUGGGCUCAGCCAUUCCACCCGAUGAGCCCGAAGAAGACUUUGGUACCGAUACCGAGACCCUACGCAGUGAUUAUGACGAAGAGUACAUGGAGACCUACUCUCUCUCCUCCAGCAUCUUGGACUACCAGUAUGAGAACGGUCGCCGAUACGCAAGCUUCCGCUCGGGACACUAUUUGAUGCCAAAUGAUGAAGAAGAGCAAGAACGAUUGGAUUUGACACAUCAUAUUUACCUCAUGCUGAUGGGUGGCGAGCUCUUCAAUGCUCCCAUCAAGAAUCCUCAGAAGGUACUCGACUUGGGCACCGGCACCGGCAACUGGGCCAUCGAUUUCGCUGACAACUAUCGCGAUGCAGUAGUGGUAGGGAACGACCUCAGCCCCAUCCAACCCUCGUGGGUGCCCCCUAACGUGGAAUUCUUCGUCGAUGAUUUCGAGUCUGAAUGGCUCGAGAAAAUGAAUGCUUACGACUUCAUACAUUCGCGUAACCUUGCAGGCUGCGUUGUGGACUGGCAUCGCCUCAUCCGCCAAGCCUACGACCAUCUCAAACCCGGCGGUUACCUGGAACUGCAGGAAAGCGCCGUCUGGGCCUGGAGCGAUGACGGGACCUUGAAGAUGGACUCGCCUCUGAUGGAAUACCUCAUGGCGCUGAACGACGCGGCGCAUAUGAUUGGACGAGAGUUGAACAUAUAUGUUGACCUGAAACCGUGGCUGAUUGCCCACGGCUUCGAGGAUGUCCACGAGCAGACCUAUAUUCUUCCUUUCUCGCCAUGGCCGCAAGAUCCGCGUCUCCGGGAGAUUGGACGAGUGCAGGCCGUGAUGGUGGAAAAGGCCGUCGAGGCAUACGGGCUACGUCUCUGUACACAGGUACUAGGCUGGGGCCAGGACCGCACGCGCAUUAUGCAGAGUCUGGUGCGGGAGCAGCUUAAGGAUCGCUCGUUGCAUUCGUAUACCAAAAUCAAGGUUGCCUACGGUCGGAAACCUUUGAGAUAG